CUUAUCACCGAGUACCUGCAGAAACACGAGGAGGAGGAGGAGGAGGAGGAGGAGGAGAAGGAGGGCAAAAGGAAAGGUUUCAGGGAGGCCUUGGGAGACUCAGAGGAUCGAGGAAGCAAGAGGAAGAAGAAGGAGAAACAGAGAAGAGGUGAGGGACCCAAAUGUCACCACUGUCAACACUGUGACAAAUCCUUCACAACAUCCGGACAUUUAAAGAUUCAUCAGAGAGUUCACACUGGAGAGAGUCCGUACAGCUGUGAUCAAUGUGGUAAAACCUUUUCUAGGAGGGAUAACCUAGUAAUCCACCGACGUGUUCACACCGGAGAGAAGCUGUACAGCUGUGAUCUAUGUGGUAAAACCUUUUCUAGGAGGGGUAAACUAGUAAUCCACCGACGUGUUCACACCGGAGAGAAGCCGUUCAGCUGUGAUCAAUGUGAUAAAGCCUUUACUGAUGGUAGUAGCUUAAAAUAUCACCAGCGCGUUCACACUGGAGAGAAGCCGUACUCGUGUGAACACUGUUGGAAAAUGUUUUCUGGUAGUAGUCACCUUAAAUCUCACCUGCGCAUUCACACUGGAGAGAAGCCGUACAGCUGUGAUAUAUGUGGUAGAGCAUUUUCUCAGAAUGGUAGCCUUAAAUCUCACGGACGUGCUCACACUGGAGAGAAACCGUACCGGUGUGAUCAAUGUGGGAAAUCGUUUUCUCAGAGUAAUAACCUUAAAUCUCACCAGCGCAGACACACUGUAGAGAAGCCAAAAUAGUGUGAACAAGUACAUUAUCUUUAAAUAAGCAAAACUACUAAGAGACACAUGAAAGUGCAGCGUCAAGAAAAACCCAAAAACAAUAAUUACCGUGGGGUUUGAAAGUUUGGGCACCCCAGGUAAAGAUGUGUAUUAAUUUGCAGAAAUAAGUCAAGGAAAGAAAGGAAAAUCUCCAAAAGGUAUCAAAUGACAGAUUAGACAUUCGUAUAAUAUGUCACAAAAAGUUAGAUUUCAUUUCUAUCAUUUACACCUUCAAAAUAACAGAAAACAAAAAAGUUUGGGCACC